AUGAGCGGCAAAAAGCGGCUAAAGGCUACGCCGAUAACAACAUUUUUCAGCAAACAGCCCCGCGUUCACUCUCCCAAGCGCGAGCUACCCAAUACGCUUCCAGAACCUCUCCCUCCUACGCUCCAAGAGCAAGAUGACAAGGCCAACGUGUUAUGGUGCACUCUCUACAAUGUACCUAACGACCUCAGACUUUGUUGUAAACGAUCCUGCGCAUCGCCCGCCGAACCUCUUCCGUGUUCGACAACUUGUUGCCGCCCCCUCUCUUCUGAGUCAAGUACUGCAAAUGUAUGCGCGAAAAGGGCCCUACCAACCGAAUUAGAGUCGCAAUUCGGAGGUCGGAUGGUGCGGCUAAUGGAAUUGUGUGGCGGAAUAAGUCCACGUCGCUCAUUUGCUAGGUGGAAUACUGCGGAUAUUGUACGAAUCGCGUCGGACUUUUACGCAUUUGACUUUGACGGCCAUAGAGAGCCAAGCCAACAGAUUCGUCAACACGGCGAAGAGGGACAAACGAUUCGCUGGGCUGGUGUUUACAGAGGAACUCAGCAAAGCGUUGACCUAGCAGGACAUGAUCCCUAG